AUGGCGUCGGUGAGUCCUUCCGACGCCGAUCCUUCCGACGCCGAUGCGGCAGCUGCUCCCGCGCCGAGCGAUGCGAUGCAGCCGAUGCGGCCGAUGCCGCGCUACGGCAAGAGCAGCGGUCCGCUCGCGCUGCCGCCUCCUGCCUCAGCCCCGUCGCCGGACAGCGCCAGUGCGGGAGGCGGCCUCCUCGGCGUGUCGGCCCAUGCAAAGCGCUGCUUCCCACCACCGCGCCCUCGCUCCUCCUCUCCGCUGCAGGCGCAGAUCAAGUCGAUGCUCGAGCCGCAGCGCUUCUACGCCACCACCGUCUACCUCGGCGCCAUCGUCGCGACUCUCGUCUCGGCCCUCGUGCCCUCGCUCGUCGUCUGCUGCAUCUGCGUCCAGUUCCUCGCGAUGCUCUGGUACGGCCUCUCGUUUAUCCCCUACGGCCGCAAGAUACUUGGACGGAUGGCGAGCUGGCUGUUUGGCUUAUGA